UCAAAAUAGUCAAAAUAAUGCUACUACUACCAAUUCUCACCCGACCAACGCAAUUACUAAUCAAAGGCAAGAAUCAUCGAGCAUCCAUCAAAUCAAUAUUUGUGAUUUUUGCAAGAGGAGAAAUUUUUUAAUCAAAAUUAUUAUCGAGUAUCAAUAUUUGUGA